AUGGGCGCUGCUCCCACGCGCGACGCCAAUUCCAACGUCAAGCCGCUCGACCGCGUCCUCCCCGUACUUCAGCUCCACCUUGCUCCUGUCUUUGCCUCGUCCUUCUCUCGUUCCGACUCUGUGAAGAGCAUGGCGACCUACGGAAAGCGUGUGCGCGGCCCGUUCUCGUUCAGUGUCUUCCGCGACGACCAUGGCGCCCCCGGAGAUGCUGGAGAGGGCCAGAGCCAUUCGAAGUUGCAGAAGCGCCCGCGCCGUGACGACCCCCUCCGCGAGCGCCCCGAGAAGACCACCCUCGCCCGCGCAAAACCCUCCACCACCCCCUCUCUUCCGCAACCCGCCUUCGUUUCUUCUACCACCUCCGACGAUCCUGUCGAUCUCUCGCGACCCCUGGCCAACCCUGAUCUGCCCCGCCUUCCAGAAGCCCGCCUGUCUUCACGAGAGCCGCCUGCGUCGCAGCAUCUUGCCCGCCGUUCGCUCCAACCGCUGUCAACUCACCUUGGACACCCCGGCGCGCCCGAUCUCAGUUCUGGAUCUGCGUCACGCUCGGCCUCGCGACACGUGCGCUCAACCUCAGCUUCUACAGACGGGGCUAUCGUCCACCGCCUGUCGUCCACUCUUGAACCUGUAGGCACACCUUUGUCCUACCGCGCCCCGGCAGCUUUAAGCCAACUCUGGUCUACGCCAUCCUCGCCAGCGCUGAGUCCGGUCACCUGUCAACGUGCUUCACGUAGCGGAAGCGACGAACUCCCAGUGAACCACUGCCGAUUCUCAAGACCCUUCGCUGCACACAAUUCUUCAUCCAGUCAUUCACUAUCAGACCGCUCGGACACGCUCACUACAAACACAUCGAACCAACGCACUGCAUCCGACCUCACUGACGCCACGCUCACUGAUACUACUACUAACCUCCCUUCGCUUGCGCUGCGCCAGAAGUUUGGCCUGAGAAACAGACGCGCAGUCCGGCAAGCUCAAAAGGUGGACAGGCCCAACGCCUCAAUGGUGGGCACGGUGGGCAUGAGCCCGGAAAAUGAAAAUUCCAAUCAGUUCGAGACGCGCAACGCCAGCUCGGCCAGUCUCUUCAACAAGGUCAGCGGAGUCUUAGGAGAAAAGUCGGCCAACCUGAAGCGGUCCUUACCGUUCAUGACUUCAAUGACCCCGCCCAAGCCGGUCGAGAAGAUGUCGAUUGGCGCACCCUAUGAUGUUCGCCAGGGAGCUGAAGCAAUGUCUACUCCGCCCCGCCGUCCGAAGGCAGGUGAGGAUGUCCGCAGCUGGGGCGCUCCCGAACGCGUCAACAAAAAGCCCGUGCUUCCUGGAGGCAUUGAGCAGCAGCCUAAGUCUAAGGCAAUGAAGACCCAUGGCAACUCUGGAACUCGUGACGGUCACUCGACGAGCCCUCAUCACGACACCAUGAAAACCUCCAGCGCAGAACACAAGAAAGACCCCAGCGUGGGCAAGCAGAGUUUAGGCCGCAGUUCUCCUUCUAUGACCGCUCUUCCGACCCGCCCGCCGACCAGCAUUGGCCUUCGUGGAUGGGUUUCUUCUACUCAUCGCCUGAGCAAGCUCGCUUUGAACGAGCAAAGUCCGGGAGAAACUAGCGACAACGACAGCAGCAUUGAGAAUGCCAGCAAUUCACAGCACCAGCAAGACCAGAGCCGCCCCGCGAAGGCCUCGAUCUUAGAGCGUAUGAAGAAUACGCUCAACCUGACACGCCGCCAUAAGCGACGCAACACAACGGUCCAGACCGCUAUAGACCUUCACAACCCGGAGCCUGCAACCUCGCUCCGGACGUCUCGUUCAGCAGCAAUGCUGAGUUCGCCUCUCGCUUUCCGCUCCGAGCGCCCCGGCAAGUUUUCUCCGACCAUGGAAAGCAUCCCCAGUGCUGGAACAAAGAUGCCCGAACUGCCACCGAUCAACCCGGGACCGGCUAUCACGUUCUCCAGUAUGAGCCUGUUGCACGCCCCUCGCGCUGAUGACCGCGACAUCUCAGCUACUGCGUCCAAGAGCCCAGUGGAAGCUUACGGAGGCCGCACCAAGGCGGAGCUUCCUGCUUUCGCUACAGAGAGCUCCAUGCCUGACAUCACCGAUGUCUCUGGACACAACGGUUUUCACCGUAUGAGCCCUUUGAGCUCGCACACCAACGUGAUGGAGUUUGCCGAGGCACCUUCAGCUGUUGCUGCUACUCGCAUGACUGCGAUCCCUGAAGACAAGGCUGAAGCCGCUACUAGCGAGGGCUCUGCUCUCGGUCGCGCUUCUCCUAAGAGCGCUGUCUCCGGUUGUAGCGCUGCGGAGGGUACCGGAGGUGAAGUCAGCAUGUCCCGCAUGAGCAACAUCAGCAACUAUGCUAGUACUGCUACGAGCCCUCUCGCCUCCUCGACUUCCCGCCCCGCGUCGCAGUGA